AUGCCUCCAAAGGGCUGGAGAAAGAAUGCAGAGGGGAACUAUCCUCAUGCUAAAAAUGAUGACUCAAUAUCAAUCGAUGAUUUAUUGUUUCCAAAAGCUACGGUUCAAAAAUUGGCUAAGAAUAUUUUGAAUGCUGACAAAGAUGGUAAUGAUACAAAUAUGAUUAUGGCCAAAGAUUCGAUAUUAGCAUUGCAGCGAUCAGCAACGGUUUUUGUAUCCAAUAUGCUCUUUAAUGCAAGGCAAGUUUCCAAAAACAAUUCAAGAAAAACAGUGAACGCUCUGGAUAUUAUAAAUGCCCUUGAAACCUCAGAUUUCACUGGGUUCAUACCAGAGGUAAAGCACAAGUUAGAAAUCUACGAGGGGAGCCUAUCUACUAGGAGAAAAGAAAGGCCUCAGAAGGCUGUGAUUGAAGGUGAGUCCCAAGCAGAAGAGAGCCGAGAUAAGGUAGCAAAAAGGUUAAAAGACAAUAAUGAAAAUCCUAUCACAAAAGGGAUCGAGACUGCUGCGAAUCAAGAUGAAGAGGACGAGGAAGUGGAAGUGGACGAGGAAGAAGAGGUCGAGAAUAAAGAGGAAGACGAUGAUGCUACCGAUGACGUUAUUGUGGAGGAGGAGGAAGAUGUAGAGAAGGUGGUUGAAAAUCCAAUUGCCGCGCUACAAAAGGAAGAAAAAACUCUAGAAGAGCUCGAAGAUGAUCAUCUUGUUGAUGUUAGUAUAAUAUCGCAAGAUGAAGAAGAUAAUGAGGAAGAUAGCGAUUAA